CGCCGGCUGCAUUUUUGCACGUGAUGAAGAACCCGGAAGUGCACCAUCUUGCCUCCGUUCGUCCAAACAAGAGUAAGGAGGAGCAAUGGGACAGCUAAGUGCGUGUACGAUGUUUAUUUCCCUUUUAAAUGAGGAGAGGGCUGUUCUCUAUCAAGGAGCAGUAUGUGGACUCAGACUAAAUCUUUGCUCCUUAGCCCCCCGGUGUCACCUCUACUCUCCUGAGGAAGAAGCUCGGGCCCCUCGGGGCCGUGUGGCCAAUCACAUCCCCCCUGAGAUCCUGAAGAACCCCCAGCUGCAGGCAGCAAUCCAGGUGCUGCCUUCCAACUACAACUUUGAGAUCCCCAAGACCAUCUGGAGGAUCCAACAAGCCCAGGCCAAGAAGGUGGCCUUGCAAAUGCCGGAAGGCCUCCUCCUCUUUGCCUGUACCAUUGUGGAUAUCUUGGAAAGGUUCACGGAGGCUGAAGUGAUGGUGAUGGGUGACGUGACCUAUGGGGCUUGCUGUGUGGAUGACUUCACGGCGAGGGCCCUGGGAGCUGACUUCUUGGUGCACUACGGCCACAGUUGCCUGGUUCCCAUGGACACCUCGGCCCAAGACUUCCGGGUGCUGUACGUCUUUGUGGACAUCCGGAUAGACACUACCCACCUCCUGGACUCUCUCCGCCUCACCUUUCCCCCAGCCACUGCCCUUGCCCUGGUCAGCACCAUUCAGUUUGUGUCGACCUUGCAGGCAGCCGCCCAGGAGCUGAAAGCUGAGUACCGUGUGAGUGUCCCACAGUGCAAGCCCCUGUCCCCUGGAGAGAUUCUGGGCUGCACAUCCCCCCGACUGCCCAAAGAGGUGGAGGCCGUUGUGUAUCUUGGAGAUGGCCGCUUCCAUCUGGAGUCUGUCAUGAUUGCCAACCCCAAUGUCCCCGCUUACCGGUAUGACCCGUACAGCAAAGUCCUGUCCAGAGAGCACUAUGACCACCAGCGCAUGCGGGCUGCUCGCCAGGAAGCCAUAGCCACCGCCCGCUCCGCUAAGUCCUGGGGCCUUAUUCUGGGCACUCUGGGCCGCCAGGGCAGUCCUAAGAUCCUGGAGCACCUGGAAUCUCGACUCCGAGCCUUUGGCCUUUCCUUCGUGAGGCUGCUGCUCUCUGAGAUCUUCCCCAGCAAGCUUAGCCUACUUCCCGAGGUGGAUGUGUGGGUGCAGGUGGCAUGUCCACGUCUCUCCAUUGACUGGGGCACAGCCUUCCCCAAGCCGCUGCUGACACCCUAUGAGGCGGCCGUGGCUCUGAGGGAUAUUCCCUGGCAGCAGCCCUACCCGAUGGACUUCUACGCUGGCAGCUCCUUGGGGCCCUGGACGGUGAACCACGGCCUGGACCGGCGUCCCCAGACCCCGGGCCGACCCGCGCGGGGGAAGGUGCAGGAGGGGUCCAUGCAUCCCCCUUCAGCCGUGGCUUGCGAGGACUGCAGCUGCAGAGACAAGAAGGUGGCACCGCUUGCUCCUUGACAAGCUCCGGGGCCUCAGGUAUCCGCCCUUGCUCUGGCUGCUCCCUGCCCUUUGCCGUUCUCAUGGGAACGCCUUGGCGCUCCGAGGCCCGCCUUCGGGGUGUUGCGGGCGAUUAGCUCCGCCCUUUGCAUUCUACUUCCGGUCGGGGAAAGACCGCUUCCGGUGCUUCCCUCGCUCCUUGCCGGUCAUAAUGGCCGCGCAGCGACCCCUGCGGGUCCUGUGCCUGGCGGGCUUUCGGCAGAGCGAGCGGGGCUUCCGCGAGAAGACCGGGGCACUAAGGAAGGCGCUGCGGGCCCGCGCCGAGCUCGUGUGCCUCAGCGGCCCGCACUUGGUCCCCGACGCCCCGGGCCCCGAGGGCGCCAGAUCAGACUUCGGUGAGACAAGCCCUGCUCCGGAAAUAGUUUUCCCCCGCUUGUUUCGUCCCCUCGACACGCCUCAGCAUCCCUCACCCUGCGUCCACCCUCAUUCCCCCCAUCCAGUCCACACCCUUCGUUUCUCGCGGCCCCUACCCUCUUGUUCAAACUGCAGCCUGUCCUCCCAGGCUUCCGCCUUCGUCGUCUUCCUCCGCUGUCUCCUGUUCAGUCCAAUCCAUUCCCCGCUUCUCUUUUCCUGUCAUCUGGAACCCUCCCGCCCUUUCUCAUUUCUUUGCUUCCUGGAGCCUCCCAUGCCCUAAUCCCAUCCUCUUUCCCCAUAUCGCUGUAGGGUCCUGCCCUCCAGAGGAGCAGCCUCGAGGCUGGUGGUUUUCAGAGCAGGAGGCGGACGUUUUCUCCGCAUUGGAAGAGCCCGCCGUAUGCAGGGGCCUGGAGGAAUCCCUGGGGAUGGUGGCACAGGCACUCAACAGGCUGGGGCCUUUUGAUGGCCUUCUUGGUUUCAGCCAAGGGGCUGCGCUAGCAGCCUUUGUAUGUGCCCUGGGCCAGGCAGACGAUCCCCGCUUCCCCCUGCCACGGUUUAUCAUCUUGGUCUCUGGUUUCUGUCCCCGGGGCCUUGGGUUCAAGGAAUCCAUCCUGCAAAGGCCCUUGUCACUGCCUUCACUCCAUGUUUUCGGGGACACUGACAAAGUCAUCCCCUCUCAGGAGAGUAUGCAAUUGGCCAGCCAACUCCCCGGAGCCAUUACCCUCACCCACCCUGGUGGCCACUUCAUUCCAGCAGCUGCAUCCCAGCGUCAGGCCUACCUCAAGUUCUUGGACCAGUUUGCAGAGUAAAAGAUCAAGAAAUGUCUCUGCUCCUACAUCCAGCCCCUCUUGGGGUAGCCUCCGUCAUCUGUGCCCUCCCAGGGCCCUCCACUGCUGUGAGUGCGCCUCACCAGGACCAGUUAAGAGACAACUAUCAAUUCUUGAGACCCAAAUUAUAUGGGCCCUGCCUUGAAGAAAAGGGGAGCACAACGCCUUAAUGGACAUUGACUUGUGAACCUCAAACAUGAAAAUGAUUGGAGAGCCCUGGCUUAGGAGGGUGACAUGGGGAAGACAGAGGCUGGCACCAUGGUGACUGCCACAUAAUAAAGUGGUGAUACGGAUUUUGACCAUCUUUUUCCUGGUACACACACACAAAAUUUUAUAAUGGAAGUCGGUUUCUUGGCCAUCUACAUGGUGUUCUGGGCAGUGCCAAGCAGGGAGAUGUUUCCAGUUGUGAGUCCCACGACAAGCUCCUGCAUGGGUGCACAUACUGACAUGUUAUUGGUGGAAGUUUGAAGGCCCAAACUGAAGGGCAGGAGGCCUCGGUGGCACAAUCAGGGAGGAAUAUACAUCUGAGAAGUUUUGGGAAGACAUCACCUGCAAGGCUGCCUGAACCACAGUAAUGUAGUCUUCUCUACCCAGAUCACCGAGCGUUGUGUGCUGGUCUUCUCUCAAAACCUCGCUGUGUUCCCUGCUUCUCCCUCAGUGCUCUAACCUCGCUGAACUAUGAGCUUGAAGGGUGGUUGAUGCCAGACCUUGGGUGGAGGUCAGAGACAGGCCAGAAUAAACAGCCAUUUCCUAAAUUGAUCCCA